AUGGGCACGUUGGUGCCACGAGCACUGCCACCUAAACAGCGCAAACAUGCAGUGGCAGAUGAUAUAACAAAAGAAAACGAUAACAUUGUUUAUUUUUUUCUUGGCCGAUCGACUUCAUGUAUUCUAGAGGUGCUGCGUUGUGUUUGUGGAAUCUUUUUCGGUGUUGUGUUGCCUCUGCACCGUGCCACUGCUGUAAACAUGACUUGCUUCCUUUUUGCCCUCGGUCUUCUGAUGGUGCAGCAAGGCGUCGCGUGUCGCACCCUGGUGCAGCACAGGAAGUGCAUGUCACCAUCAUCGAGACACCGGCUGGUGGGUGAUGGGCAGGUGUGUUGGGGUGCUGGUUGCGUGGCGAAUGCGGACGGGCGGCUUGGGCGUUGUGCGCAAGGUGGCCGAGGUACCGAGUGCGUGAUUUCACCAGCCAGAGGACGCGAGGCGGUGACAAUGAUUCCCUUAAGGGGCGAUCUGUAA